AUGAAUGCAUAUUCAGGGUACAAUCAGAUACCCAUGUUCCGAUCUGAUGAGGAAGCUACGUCAUUCAUUACAGACAAAGGACUCUACUGCUACAAAGUCAUGCCCUUCGAAUUGAAAAAUGUCGGGGCUACAUCUCAGAGACUGGUUAAUAUGAUGUUCGCAGAACUCAUUGACAAAACCAUGGAGGCGCUGAAAAAGCACCUUAGAGAGGCGCCCCUUUUGUCAAAACCUCAACCAGAAAAGUCUCUGCUGCUGUAUUUGGCGGUUUCGGACGUGACGGUCAGUGCUGUCCUAAUCAGAGAAGAAAAUGAGUUCCAGUUUCUAGUAUACUACGUUAGCAAAACACUCUUCCCAACUGAAACACGCUACCUAGACAUGGAGAAACUGGCACUUGCCCUCAUCACAGCCUCAAGGAAACUGAGGCCAUACUUCCAGGCCCACUCAAUCGAAAUUCUCACCAACUUCCCAUUGAAGCAAGUGCUGUAG